UGCCAGAUCGGAAACGCCAGCAGACAGCCGGCGCCAACCCAAAACAAAACAAAAAGCCCCAGCAGCAAACCCCACCAAAUCCACGCCAUUUCCAUCCAUCGGACUCCCCGAGGCCCGCCGCCUCGCCUCGCCGCACCACCGCCAACGCCGUCGCCGACGACCGCCGAGCCGAACCCAAGGAUGGGGCGGAAGCGCGCGGUGCUGGUGGGCAUCAACUACGCGGGCACCAAGGCGGAGCUCAAGGGCUGCCACAACGACGUGGCCCGCAUGCGCCGCUGCCUCGUCGACCGCUUCGGCUUCGAAGACGCCGGCAUCCGCGUCCUCUCCGACGCCGACCGGGCCGCGCCGCAGCAGCAGCCCACGGGCGCCAACAUCCGCCGCGAGCUCGCGCGCCUCGUCGCCGACGCGCGCCCCGGGGACUCCCUCUUCUUCCACUACAGCGGCCACGGCACGCGCCUGCCGGCCGAGACCGGCCAGGACGACGACACCGGCUUCGACGAGUGCAUCGUCCCCUCCGACAUGAACCUCAUCACAGACCAAGAUUUCACAGAGCUCGUGCAGAAAGUCCCAGACGGCUGCCUGUUCACCAUAGUCUCUGACUCUUGCCACAGCGGUGGCCUGCUUGACAAGGCCAAGGAGCAGAUUGGCCACAGCACAAAGCAGAACAAGGCGCAGCAAGGCAAACGGGAAGAGCGGUCUGAUUCCGGCUCGGGCGGCUUCCGGUCGUUCCUCAAACAGACCGUCCGGGACGCGUUCGAGUCCGAAGGAGUCCACCUCCCUCGCCGCGGCGGCCAGCAGAGCAGCUACGACGACGACGACGCUGAGGCCGAGGCGCCGAGCCUGGACUCAGGCACAGACGGGCACGUGAAGAACCGGUCGCUGCCCCUCUCGACAUUCAUCGAGAUGCUCAAGGAGAAGACGGGGAAGGAGGACAUCGAGGUGGGGUCGAUCCGGAUGACGCUGUUCAACGUCUUCGGCGAGGACGCGAGCCCCAAGAUCAAGAAGUUCAUGAAGGUGAUGCUGGAGAAGCUGCAGCAGGGGCAGCACGGCGGCGUGGUGGGCCUGGUGGGCGCGCUGGCACAGGAGCUGCUGAGGGCCAAGCUGCAGGGCAAGCAGGAGGAGCUGAAGCCGGCCAUGGAGCAGGAGGUGCACGGCGUGGAGGAGGUGUACGCCGGGACGGCGGCGAGGGCGCCCCACAACGGCGUCCUCAUCAGCGGGUGCCAGACCGACCAGACCUCGGCGGACGCGACGACCGCCAAGGGCCUGUCCUACGGCGCGCUCAGCAACGCCAUCCAGGCCAUCCUCGCGGAGAAGGACGGCAAGGUGAGCAACAAGGAGCUGGUGCUGAGGGCGCGCGGGCUGCUGUCCAAGCAGGGGUACAAGCAGCAGCCUGGGCUCUACUGCAGCGACAGGCACACCGAGGUGGCUUUCAUAUGCUGAGAGCGUGAAACAUCAUCCGUUUGUCUUUGUCCGUCGAUGAGAGAGAACGUUUUCUCCUCGUGUGUCAAAACUGUCUGCUAUUGUCUGUGGACUGUGGUUUUGGAGACCCGGACGCCAUGUGUUGCUAAGAUUGGACUGUUUGAUGUUUCAUCUCAGAAUAACAAUCACAUGCUCUCAGGUAAUAAUAUACCUAUAAUAUAUUACUCCA